UUACACGCCCAGGUGUGAUCAGCAUUAUUGGUUCAAAGUGCCUGUCGUUGAAGAAUAUUCUGCUUUCGUAAUUUUCGUCGUCGACCUUCAUUAAGUGGGAGAGAUAGAGUGAAGGUGGGGAACUGAGGUGCUCGUGAUCUUGUUCUGAAAGUGGGGCCUUGGAGGCGAAAUCUGUUACAAGUUUAUCGCGUGAACAACAAGAUUUGCCUACCGAGUCUGCUGUUAUAAAUGUUGAAAGUAACUCAGGAAACAUAGGCAGUCAAAGGUGCAAUAACAGAAACGUCGGCAGGCAACAUAAGCCUAUUGCGGAAUUUCUUCCUGACGUACGUCAUGGCUGACUUAGAAACGUGUGGGCAACGGCAUUGUUGAAAGGUUAGCUUUGUCUGUCCUGUGAAAAAAGAUUUUCACCGAAACACCAGGGCACUCAACGUACCGCUUUCUUCAGAGUGAAACUCGUCUUUUCGCCUUUAGCCCUUAUCACAACUUUUUUUUUAUUAUUUAUUUCAACUGGCAUAACGGCUGGGCUUGGUGACUGAAAGGCUGCUACAAGGACAACACUUUCCUUACCUCUUUGCCAGUGAGAUACUUGUGUUUUGGAUCUUGCACCUGUACUCGCCGUGAUCGAAGGGGUAGGAAAGAUAUAGUGUAAGCAGUGGUGGUCUUCACCUUCGUUAGUCGGCAAUAAAUAAACAUGUUCAUCAUCGUUAAAUACGGCCAAAACGAGACAUUGCUAUGCAACCCUAGCUGCGCUGUUAUCAAUCUCCUAACGAGCAUAAAGCGGAGGACAGGGUUCGGCAACACUAACCUAAUCCUCGAUCUGUCCGACGAAACAGGUCUCAUCAAGGAACUGGAUAUCCAUAAAACUGAAUACGCCACUAACUACCUGGCCUCACAUGCCACCUAUAUAUUAGUGCAAAAGGACGUUACGCCGGAAGUAGACUCUUCUGACAGUAGAUCAACAACUCCAACAGUUCAGCAGUACACUUACAAACCACUUCUGGAGCGCAGUACAGACCUGUUCCCGAACUUCCGCCUACACGUAGCAGAGGUGGAAAAGAUAAGGCCCAAGCGAACCGGAAGCAAGUCCCCAAGCCCAGCCGGCCGUCUGCUGUCAAAGCCAAAGAAGAUUUUAAACAAACCUGCAAUGAAGAAAACGAAAUGAUCCACCUUCUUAACCACUUACCCUUUGCACCCGUGAGGACAUAGACCAUUUUUUUUUCCUGUCUGCAGACUAAAUUUCUUUACUGUUUAUAACACCAGAUGACAACCACUACGAUGCACUAUCUAUAGAUUGUCGGAAAAAUCUUGAACCAUCUUUUGAAGCAACGUCAACUGCAUCGAUGAGUACCCUUGCUUGCUUUCUCAUAUCAUUAAAAAUGGAUUACUUCCUACAUCUGAACACUAACUUUCCCCACCCCUACUUUUUGUUUUAAAUCCCCUUCUCUCCCCAUGCGCCAAAUGUGUCAGCUACACGAAUGUGUGGUAUGUUAUAUACCAACAUGAGAAGCAGGCUACCAUAUUUUGAAACUUAACACACACACACACACAAAAAGAAGCGAAACAAAACAAAAACAAACGCGCGCUCGCACACACACACACAACGAGAGCGUUAACAGAACACAAUAGCUUUUAGUAUCAUUUGUAAAAGUAGUUGAAAAUGUUACUGCAAUUAUCUGAACAAAUUGUAAUCAAUACCGUAGAUAAAAGAACAGGGUGCUGAAGAUUUUUGACUGAACGUAUUAACCUAUAAUUUGUUUUUUAGAGUAUGCCUGAGAUGUAUACUCGUAUGUUUUAAUAGCACUUAUUUCCCCUUUACUUUCUUUGUAUUACUAAAACUAAAUAUAGUCAGAUGAAUUAAAAUUUUUCACAGUAAA